CAGAGCCUAACAGGAGACUUGUCCCCAGCCACUAGUAUCCUCAUUUCAGUUCUCAAUUAUUCACCGAUAAUAUGGUUCUGUUGCUCAUAUUUUUUCCUCUAGAGAACUUAAUACAAUAGUGAUUCUCUUUUCUUUUUGGCUUGAACAGGGGGUUCAAUUAUGCAGGGCAUUAAAUUUUUUUUUUUUUUUAAUUUUUAAAAACAAUUAUUUUGGACAGUGUCCUACAGUCCUACAUUACUGAAAUUUCUGAGGAUUCUAAUUUUAGAACUCCUGGGACCCAGGGGUUAAAUGUGGUGAAAUAUUUUGAAGUUCAGAGUGUUGACCAAAAUUUCAUUUUUGAUCAACUGUUAGAUGACAUUUAUCACAGAAUUGCUUUUCUUUAAAUACUGGCCUUUAGUUUGAGUUUUAGGGAAGGAGUAUAGAUGAAAAAAAUUAUUUUAAGUGGAAUUUUGCAUAGCUUUUAAAAAUAAUCUCUUAAAUUGAUUUUUUCUCCCUUUCUAUUGCAAAAUAGUAGGUAUACUGGCAGCCUAAGUCAUCUGACAGCCCUGUCUAUAGAUAUACAUCUUCAAACUACUCUGUCAGAUUUUUUUUUGUAAGAAGAGAGCUUCUAUUCUUCCUUUUCAAUGCUUUCUUCAGAUGAGUGGGAACUCCAGAACUGUGGGAGUGAUGAAGCUAAUAAAUAUCUUACUGAAGCUCUUCAGUCUGUCAAUGAAUUAGAGCUUGAAGAUGUAAUAGAAAACAUCAUUGAUGCUGUUGAAAAACAGCCUUUGUCCUCUAAUAUGAUUGAACGGGCCACAGUGGAAGCCGCAGUCCAGGAAUGUAGCCAGUCAUUAGAUGAAACUAUAGAACACCUUUUCAAUAUUAUCGGGGCCUUUGAUGUUCCACGUUAUGUUUAUAAUUCAGAAAGGAAGAAGUUUCUACCUCUAUCAAUGACCAACCAUCCUGCACCAAAUUUAUUUGGAACUGCCAGGGAUAAAGCAGAGUUGUUUCGUGAACGCUACACCAUCUUGCAGCAGAGGACUCAUAGGCAUGAGUUGUUUACACCUUCAGCGAUUGGUGCUCAUCCUGAUGACAGCAGGAGUAAAUUCCAGCUUAAAACAAUAGAAACUCUGUUGGGAAAUACGGCUAAAGUUGGGGAAGUGAUUGUUCUUGGGAUGAUAACACAGCUAAAAGAGGGGAAAUUUUUCUUGGAAGAUCCUACAGGAGUUGUUCAGCUAGACCUUAGUAAAGCACAGUUCCACAGUGGCUUAUAUACUGAAUCAUGCUUUGUUUUGGCAGAAGGCUGGUAUGAGGAUCAAGUAUUUCACGUGAAUGCUUUUGGAUUUCCACCCACUGAGCCUUCUGCUACCACUAGGGCAUAUUAUGGGAACAUAAACUUUUUUGGAGGGCCUUCUUCAACUUCAGUAAAAGCUUCUGCAAAACUGAAACAACUGGAGGAUGAAAAUGAAGAUGCCAUGUUUGUUUUUGUUUCUGAUGUUUGGCUGGACCAAGUGGAAGUGUUAGAAAAGCUUCACACUAUGUUUUCAGGUUACUCCUCUGUGCCUCCAACUUGCUUUUUCUUUUGUGGAAAUUUUUCAUCUGCACCAUAUGGAAAAAAUCAAAUUCAAUCCCUAAAAGAUUCCCUCAAGGCUCUUGCUGACAUAAUAUGUGAAUACCCCAGCAUUCAUAAAAGCAGUCGAUUUGUGUUUGUUCCGGGCCCUGAAGAUCCUGGUCCUGGUUCAAUUUUGCCAAGGCCACCACUAGCCGAAAACAUCACUAGUGAAUUCAGACAGCAGGUGCCAUUUUCAGUUUUCACUACAAAUCCUUGCAGGGUUCAGUACUGCACACAAGAAAUUAUCAUCUUUCGUGAAGAUUUAGUAAAUAAAAUGUGCAGAAACUGCGUCCGCUUUCCUGGCACCAACUUGGAUAUUCCUAACCACUUUGUAAAGACUAUCUUAUCACAAGGACAUCUGACUCCCCUUCCACUUUAUGUCAGCCCUGUAUUUUGGGCAUAUGAUUACACCUUGAGAGUGUACCCUGUGCCAGAUCUGAUCGUCACUGCAGAUAAAUAUGAUCCUUUCUCUGUUACUAAUACUGACUGCCUUUGCAUAAAUCCUGGUUCUUUUCCAAGAAGUGGAUUUUCUUUCAAGGUGUUCUAUCCCUCCAACAAAACAGUGGAAGACAGCAAACUUCAAGAUCUCUGAAUUUCUGAAAGACUGCAUGAAGAAGUCAAACAUUCUGUUCCAACAUAUUGCAGAACUAAUGUUAGAUUGUUUCAUAUGGAUUUAUUUUAUUGUGUGUUAGAUUAUUCAUAUUUAAAUGUGAAUGCAAAAGACUGGUAAAUUUUGUAAAUAAAUUUUACAGGAAAAAAUGUCUGUGUUAGUUUCUUAGAAUAAUGAAGGAUUCAUAA